AUGAAAUGAAGGUACUGCAUAAACGAUAAGACGAAUUCCUGAAAGUCAGUAAGAAUGUCUCCAUUCAGCUUUACCACUGUCAUUGUUGCCUUGGUAGUCAGUACUUAUGGAAAUGAUUGUACAAAAUACAACCUGACACCAUCAGACCAAUCUCUUAUUGAUAUGAUGAAGCAUUACUUGCACACCUCAAGGAAGGCUGACUGCCCUGAAACACAUUCACACCAGGAUAUUGGUGUGACAUAUGUCAGAUGGGGCAAGAAAACAUGUCCCGAAAAAUCGGACAUUGUGUAUACAGGACAGGUUGGAGGUAACUAUUAUGGCAAUAAAGGAGGAGGUUCUAACUACCUCUGUUUACCAAGUGAUCCUGAAAAUGGCGAAGCAUACUCAUAUGCUAAUGAUGAAUUAUAUGGUGCCGAGUACGAGAUAGAUUCAAAAACGAAAACAUCUGGUUUACCUACAAGUUUGUACGAUAAAGAGGUACCAUGCUCUGUGUGCAGGCGAAAAGGAAAAGUUUCUGUGUUAAUGAUACCAGGAAGGAAGUCCUGUUACAAUGGAUGGCAUUCCGAGUACAAUGGUUUCUUAAUGAGUGAACAUAAAACUUAUAACAAUAAAGAUUUUAUAUGUAUGGAUGGACACGCUAAACCAUUCGACAGUCGAUCAUCAGGCGAAAAUGGUGCCUUGUUAUAUCCUGUCAGAGCAAAAUGUGGUAGUCUGAGAUGUCCCCCAUACAAAGAUAAUACAGAAGUACUUUGUACAGUUUGUACAAAAUAAAAAAAAUAUAACACUC